CGCAGCGUUGUGCGUGCUGGGCAGCGGCGUGGCGUCGCUGUGAAUUGUACGCUUACACGUGGCUUGGAGCUUGGCUAAUGCGGUAGCUGGUUGGGUAAAGCCUACGUCUUUAUGUUAUCAGCUGGGGCGCUACACAUUGGUGAAAAAUGUUGGAGUGCUGGCUAGUGGGUAUGGAAAAGACUUGUAGUAGAAUCAAACUACCACAUGCUGUGCCAGUGGUUAUUGGACGAGGACCGGAGACACAGAUUGUGGAUAAAAAAUGUUCCAGACAGCAAGUGCAGCUGACCUCAGAUUGCAACAAAGGUUAUGUGAAGGUCAAGCAGAUAGGAACUAACCCAACUAGUAUUGACAAUGUGGACAUUGCAAAAGAUCAAGGAGUAAAGCUGAAGCCUGGUCAUAUCUUAUAUAUGGUAAAUAAGUUGUAUCCUUACACUAUCGAAUUUGUAAGAGGAUCAGGCCAGUCUGAUUCCAGGGACCAACAGAAGAAAGGCGCCAGCAAGAGGCCACAUGAGAAUUCUCAAAAUAAGAGCAUAGAAACAAAGUGCUCAAAAAUGCAAUCUAACGACGUGCUGGAUGUUAACAAGAGUGCAGAUGAUACUUCAUCUGAGCAGCAACAACAUUCUUCUCAGUCUGCAGUGGGACACUGGAGUCAAGGGCUAAAGGUUUCAAUGCAGGAUCCCAAGAUGCAGGUCUUCAAAAAUGAUAAAGUAGUGGUAAUCAAGGACAAGUACCCCAAGGCACGCUACCACUGGCUUGUUUUACCAUGGCAAUCCAUCUCCAGUCUAAAAGCACUUCGAUCAGAACAUUUAGAUUUGUUAGAGCACAUGUAUGAAGUUGGGGAGAAUAUUAUACAGGAACAUUCAACUCUAAGUAAAGCAAAGUUUCGGCUUGGGUACCAUGCUAUUCCAAGCAUGAGCCAUAUUCAUUUACAUGUCAUAAGUCAAGAUUUUGAUUCUCCUUGCUUGAAAAACAAGAAACACUGGAAUUCUUUCACUACAGAAUAUUUUUUAGAUUCUAAAGAUGUAAUUGACAUGAUAAAAAUAAAAGGAAGCGUGGAGGUAAAAGAUGGAACAUCCGAGCUCCUUAAAUCUCCUCUUCAGUGUAAUGUGUGCAAAGUUCAGCAAACCACUAUUCCUCAGUUAAAGGAACACCUGAAGAAGCACUGGACCUAACAUCGCUAUAGAAUCCAUAUUAUACAGACCUCCUGUACAUAUUGCAAGUUUUGUUUGCCAACCUUUUCUAAUAUUAGAGUUGUGAAUUUAAAAACAAUGUUUUGUGCACGUAUGCUAAAAUAUAAUAAUCUGUAGUUAUUCUAAGCUUCUGCAUAUUGUAAGUUCUUGUGCACAUGAAGUUUACCCACACGAGGAUGCAUAGGUGUUCUUGAGCAGUCUCCGUAUCAAUAUUAAACAUUAUGAUAGUAAUUGCCCAUGAACCCAAGGUCUAUUUUAUAACUGCAGCCAGCACCGAAUUUCUCUAUGCUGUGCUGCAUGUUAUAUACUACA